AUGAACUGCAGGUUCGUCACGAAAAAACUUCCUCCUCACUGCCACGUGGCAUCACGACGGCCAACCAUAACUUGCCAGCUCCUCAAGAGCGGCAAUGGUGUGUCCCGGCAGCGCCUUAAUCUCCUCGGAAUCGGCGCCUUCCCCCCUACCGCAAUUAGCGGCGGAUCUUCCGCCGCCGUGGAAGUCGCAGAGAGUUUCGAGAAACCUGCGGCUGAGGCGUCUGCUGCGCCGGCAAACGCGGAGGAAGAAGUGUCUGUCGACGUCGAGAAGGUUCGCGAGCAGCUUCUUCGCGAGGGUUUCGUCAUUCUCAAAGAUGCGCUUCCGCAAUCAACGGAAUGGUCCGAGCCGCCUAAGCUUCCCGCUCAGCUCUUCCCAACGGCAGCGUCCGAAUCGGAAUCCACCCCCGCGUCGCUAGUAGCCAAGGCUCUCCUGCCGUCCUUGCCGGCUUCCGCGCUUCGGGUGGUGGAGGACGUGACGGGGACCAACGUCGAUCAGGGACCUGCCACGUGGCACACGGUGAUUCGUCAGUGGUCUGCCGGGCUGGGCUGUUUGGACGGCAAGACGUGCGAGGACCCGAGUUUCGUCAGCGACAGCUGGCACGUCGCCUGCACGCCGCCUGCUGACGUGGAGCUGAGUAGGCAGCGCCUGGAUGAUGCGAUUCUGACUGUUGUGGUUGCCACCCAAAACGCCAGCGACACGUCAGCGCCUGCCCAGCUGGCGAUCUUCCCGCACAGCCAUUGGCUCGUAGCCGAUUGGCUGGAUGCUGCUGACAAGGAACCUUCCUUGAAUCUUCUCCCCCGGCCGAACCAACUACCUCUCCCAGCACCCAUCAAGGUCUCACUUUCUUCCUCGGAUCUCCUCCUCCUGCAUCCCUGGGCUGUCUUCUCCCUCCUCCCCAACCCCUCCUCCUCCUCCACCUCUCUCUGCUUCGACUCGCUCCUCCUCCCCUCCCCACCCGAACCCCUCACCCCUUCCCCCUCCCCUUCCUCGUCCACCGUCCAAUCAUCCACAUCAGCCGCAGUCGCCGCAGCGCCAUAUCGCAUGUGGGCCAGCGCUCCCGCUCCCACCAAUCAGGAGGCAGGCGCUGACGUGGCAGCACCCCGAACCUUCUCCCUGCCGCCAGAGCUGAGCGAGCAAGAGCUGGAAGCGCUGGAGGAGGAAGAGGAAAAGGCUAACCUUGGGAAUUGGGCGGUAGCCAUGGUCGGCCGCCCCUCCCCAUCCGCAGAAGCAGCAGCGGCAGUGUCAUUCUCCCAUGCAGACGCGCGCAGUCUCAUGCUCUGGCGCCUCACCUCGCAAGCCCGCCACCUCCUAGAAGCUCAACGCUUUGAAGAAGCCCUGCCGCUGCUGAGGAGGGCAGUGGGGUUGCGCCCAGGGGAUGCGUGGCUGUGGUACCAGGCAGGCAGGAGUGGCGAGCAGGCGGCUCCCAGGGGGCAGCUGGCUGGGCGGGCGGGGAGGAAAUGCAUGCUGGAAGAUUCCGAGCGGUUUCUGAUGCGCGCCAUUGAGCUGGCUCCAACAUGGCCUCUGCCAUACGCUUCUCUCAUCAACGCCCUCAUUGCCAUGGGCCGUGGGAGGGAGAAUGAGGCACCGGCGGUUCUGCAGAAGCUGCUGGCAAUCCCACACCUUGCUGCAAUUUGUGCUGUCGAUCCAGCAACCGCUGCUACUGUAGACCUCGCCGUGCAG